UGCAAUUCGACGGCCAUUCAGUAUAUGCGAUGCACGACCUGACAGAAUGUUUGUCGGUCAGUCAAUCAGUCAGUCAGUCAGCAACACGCAAUCAACCAUGAAGUGAGUGUCUUCGCUGGGACAGAUAGAUAAACACGCCAGGCCCCAUUCAUAUACGCACGACAGUGUCACCUGGACAGUCAGCCACUCGGCCGAGAAGUGGUCCACUCUGCGGCAUGAAGUCGUAAUAGAUGAGGGCCUCCCCGCCCACCACGCCACAGUCGGCCAGCGUCUUCUCGCUGCUGACGACCUCCUCUGGGUGAAACCGAUUGACGCAUAUGGACAGCUCGUCGGCCCUUAUGGACCCCCCAUGUCUGGCAAUGAUGGCUUCCCCGAUGCUGCCGAUCUUGGUGCGGGGCGUCACGUCGACAACGAACUCCAGCAGCGAGCACACGGGCGCCGCCAGUUUGACCACGGCCUUGAUGCGGCGUUCGUCAAGGCGCGCAGGCCGAACCUCGGGGUGUUCAUAUUGGGGCUGAUCUGGCACGUCCUCGUCCUUCUCCUUCUUUUUCUUCCCCUUCUUUUUCGGUGCCAUUUCAAG